AUGUUUUUGUCUUUUUUACGGAAAAAACUAGGAAAAGACCCGGAGGAUAAAGUGAAGAAUGUUUGCAAAGACAGCACAGAGCUAAAGGAUACAGUUUAUGACUUAAUUAGAACUAUUAAAGAUCCAGAAAAACCAAACACUCUGGAGGAACUAAACGUUGUCUAUGAAGAUGGUGUAGAGGUUAAGGAACCCACUUUGGGCAAAGUAGAUGUGAUUCGCGUAGAAUUCAACCCUACGGUACCCCAUUGCUCUCUGGCCACAUUAAUUGGGCUUUGCAUUCGAAUCAAAUUGGAGAGAAACAUGCCAUACCCCAUUAAACUCGAUAUUUACAUAAAAGAUGGUGCUCAUACGACUGAACACGAAAUCAACAAACAAAUCAAUGACAAGGAAAGAAUAGCGGCUGCCAUGGAAAAUCCUAAUCUAAAGGAAAUGGUGGAAAAUUGUAUACUGGAAGAAGACUGA